GUGUUUCCAGGAUUGGGGCCCAAUUCAAAAGUUCCCCUGCUUCGCAGAUUGCAUAAGGAAACAGCUUGCGAAGAAGCCCUCUUGAAAAGCCUGCUGGAAAAGACUGGGUUUGCAGUAUGCCCCGGAGGUCAACCAGCUCAAGCUAUUUCAAACCAAAGGUGUGUGGGCAGAUGCCAAAGAUGAGGAAGAUACAAGGAGUCAUCACAGAGAACCUUCCUGGCUACUCUCAGUUGCAUCCAAAGUUGCUCUAGUUUGAUCUCAGCAUCUGCAAGAGGUGUUGCAAGCAGGUGGCAACAGUUUGUGUCAAGGACAAGAUUUUCUUGACCCUUGUGAAUAGGAGCUAAUGCACAGGCUUGGAAUCCAUGGUGCGGGGGUACAGUUGGUGCCAUUGUUACAUGUCCUUUAGAAGUAAUAAAGACCAGGCUCCAGUCUUCAAGGCUAGCAUUCCAGACUGUCUACUGUCCUCAAGUCCAGUUGGGGACGAUCAGUGGCGAAGGAAUGGUCAGGCCAACAUCUGUAUCACCCGGACUUCUCCGGGUUCUAAAGUCAAUUUUGGAGAAAGAAGGACCAAAGUCACUCUUCAGAGGAUUGGGUCCAAACUUGGUUGGAGUGGCGCCAUCAAGGGCGGUCUACUUUGCAUGCUACUCCAAAGCCAAGGAGCGAUUUAAUGGCAUUUUUGUGCCCAACAGCAACAUUGUGCACAUUUGCUCAGCAGGCUCUGCAGCUUUUGUCACAAAUUCCCUGAUGAACCCUAUAUGGAUGGUGAAAACCAGAAUGCAGCUGGAACGGAAAGUCAGGGGUUCAAAACCGAUGAAUGCUUUGCAGUGUGCUAGAUACGUUUACCAGACAGAAGGGGUCCGUGGUUUUUACAGAGGCCUGACGGCCUCCUAUGCUGGGAUUUCGGAGACCAUUAUCUGCUUUGCUAUUUAUGAAAGUUUAAAGAAGCACCUGAAAGAUGUCCAGCUGCCCCCUUCCCCUACUAAUGGGACCAAGCGGAACUCCACAAACUUUUUUGGACUGAUGUUUGCUGCUGCUGUUUCUAAGGGCUGUGCCUCCUGUAUUGCUUAUCCGCAUGAGGUCAUACGGACAAGACUGCGAGAGGAAGGCACAAAAUACAAGACCUUCUUUCAGACAGCUCGUCUGGUAGCACGUGAGGAAGGCUACAUGGCUUUCUAUAGAGGACUCUUUGCGCAGCUCAUCAGGCAGAUACCAAACACAGCCAUUGUGUUGUCCACCUAUGAGCUAAUUGUGUACCUGUUGGAAGACCGCACUAAGUAGCAGAGCCAGGGAGCAUCCUCUGGAAAAUAAAAACUGACAUUGAGCAAAUAGCCGUUAAGAGACUGAUACAGGUGAUGAAGAUGGAGAAGAGCUAUGAGUCUCCGAUCACCUGCUGGACACUUUUUUCCUUUUGGAUUCAUGCUUUCUGGAAGGUUUCAACUCAUUAACGUUAAUAGUUAAUUAUAACUUUUUAACUUAAGGAGAGAUGAUUCAGAAUUAAACUGCUACUAAAUUAAAUCAUGCUAUUUAAUUUA